GCUCCCGGAGAACCCGGACUCCGCCAUCUUCACGUUGCAAUCUAUAGCUCCCGUCCACGCCCGCACCGACCCGGGCGCACUGGGCGAGCCGCCCCGCAGCCCCGCUCCCCCUGGGCCCGCGGCGCCGGGCAGUGCUGGGGAGCGCACGCGGGGACCCGCAGCCCCUCCGGCCGGCGCCAGCCUGCCAGGUGACCCGGGAAGGAGCCGCUCCCGGAGUCCCCCAGAGCCUCGGAGGGGUCAGCCUCCGAGAAAGAAAAAAAGCAGGCAGCGCGCAGAAAACCCAGAAAGAGCCGAACCAAGGCAGUUUUUCAUUGCUUUUGGGUUUUUGAGGGGGCGGGGUGAGGGGGUACGAGACAAGUCCCCAAGUUUUCUUUGCCUUUUUUUUUUUUUUUUUGGCUUUUUUGAAAUUUGUUUGCAUUUUUCCUCCCCCCUCCCCUUGGGUGGAAGUGCGCGUUCCACCUACCAGACCCCGAAAGAAAAGUGUCAGAGGCCGGUGCAAAACCCGGCGUAACUUCAAGAAGACAUUUACAAGUCUAAGAGGCCAAGCACUUUGAAGAAGUGUGAGAGAUAUUUUUCCUCCAAAAGAAUAUAUUUUUAAAGAAACCGGCCAGCCAGCGGCGAGCAACAGCAGUUUUAUAAUUUAUUUUAGCCUUUUCUCUAUUUUAAAGCAAGCCAUCUUCCUGGCUUUUUCUUUUUUCUUUUUGCAAAAACAAAAACAAAAACACAGCCCAGAAGAAAGAGCAAAAUAAAGACGAAGAAGAAGAAGAGGAGGAGGAAGAGGAAGAGAGGAAGGGCAGAGGCACCAACCCGGGCGGAGGAGGAGGCGCGGCGGCGGCGGCGGCGGCUCAGACCCCCUCCCCGGCCCGCAUCUGUGCAGCUUUCCGGGCGAUGCCAGAAUAGAUGCCGGGGCAAUGUCCCGCCGCAAACAGGGCAACCCGCAGCACUUGUCCCAGAGGGAACUCAUCACGCCAGAGGCUGACCAUGUGGAGGCUACCAUCCUCGAGGAAGACGAGGGUCUGGAGAUAGAGGAGCCUAGCAGCCUGGGGCUGAUGGUGGGAGGCCCCGACCCUGAUCUACUCACCUGUGGCCAGUGUCAGAUGAACUUCCCGCUGGGGGACAUCCUGGUUUUUAUAGAGCACAAGAAGAAACAGUGUGGAGGCCUGGGCCCCUGCUACGACAAGGUCCUGGACAAGAGCAGUCCACCUCCCUCCUCUCGCUCUGAGCUCAGGAGAGUAUCUGAGCCAGUGGAGAUCGGGAUCCAGGUCACCCCUGAUGAAGAUGACCACCUACUGUCACCCACGAAAGGCAUCUGUCCCAAGCAGGAGAACAUUGCAGGGCCGUGCAGGCCUGCCCAGCUGCCAUCGAUGGCCCCCAUAGCUGCCUCCUCUUCCCACCCUCCCACCUCCGUGAUUACUUCACCUCUGCGUGCCCUGGGCGUUCUCCCACCCUGUUUCCCGCUGCCUUGCUGUGGUGCACGCCCCAUCUCGGGCGACGGGACUCAGGGUGAGGGUCAGAUGGAGGCUCCCUUUGGAUGCCAGUGUGAGUUGUCAGGUAAAGAUGAGCCUUCCAGCUAUAUUUGCACAACAUGCAAGCAGCCCUUCAACAGCGCCUGGUUCCUGCUGCAGCACGCGCAGAACACGCAUGGCUUCCGAAUCUACCUGGAGCCUGGGCCGGCCAGCACCUCGCUCACGCCCAGGCUCACCAUCCCGCCACCGCUCGGACCGGAGGCCGUGGCGCAGUCCCCACUCAUGAAUUUCCUGGGGGACAGCAAUCCUUUCAACCUGCUGCGCAUGACGGGCCCCAUCCUGCGGGACCACCCCGGCUUCGGCGAGGGCCGCUUGCCGGGUACGCCACCGCUCUUCAGCCCACCGCCACGCCAUCACUUAGACCCACACCGCCUCAGUGCAGAGGAGAUGGGGCUCGUGGCCCAGCACCCCAGUGCCUUCGACCGAGUCAUGCGCCUGAACCCCAUGGCCAUAGACUCUCCUGCCAUGGACUUCUCCCGGCGGCUGCGAGAACUGGCCGGCAACAGCUCCACGCCGCCGCCCGUGUCCCCAGGCCGUGGCAACCCUAUGCACCGGCUGCUGAACCCUUUCCAGCCCAGCCCCAAGUCCCCGUUCCUCAGCACGCCACCGCUGCCACCCAUGCCCGCGGGCACACCGCCACCGCAGCCGCCUGCCAAGAGCAAGUCCUGUGAGUUCUGCGGCAAGACCUUCAAGUUCCAGAGCAAUCUCAUCGUGCACCGGCGCAGCCACACGGGCGAGAAGCCCUACAAGUGCCAGCUGUGCGACCAUGCGUGCUCGCAGGCGAGCAAGCUCAAGCGCCACAUGAAGACGCACAUGCACAAGGCGGGCUCUCUGGCUGGCCGCUCAGACGACGGUCUCUCAGCUGCCAGCUCCCCUGAGCCUGGCACCAGCGAGCUGCCAGGUGACCUGAAAGCGGCCGAUGGCGACUUCCGCCACCAUGAGAGCGACCCAUCUCUGGGCCCCGAGCCUGAGGACGACGAGGACGAGGAGGAGGAAGAAGAGGAGCUGCUGCUGGAGAACGAGAGCCGGCCUGAGUCGAGCUUCAGCAUGGACUCGGAGCUGGGCCGUGGCCGCGAGAACGGAGGCGGCGUGCCACCGGGGGUGGCGGGCGCAGGGGCUGCAGCUGCGGCUCUGGCAGAUGAGAAGGCGCUGGCCCUGGGCAAGGUGAUGGAGGACGCAGGGCUGGGCGCACUGCCGCAGUAUGGGGAGAAGCGAGGCGCCUUCCUGAAGCGUGCGGGCGACACGGGUGACGCUGGAGCUGUUGGCUGUGGGGACGCAGGUGCACCGGGUGCAGUGAAUGGGCGCGGCGGGGCCUUUGCACCAGGCGCAGAGCCCUUUCCAGCGCUCUUCCCACGCAAGCCGGCACCUCUGCCCAGCCCUGGGCUCGGUGGUCCCGCGCUGCACGCGGCCAAGCGCAUCAAGGUGGAGAAAGACCUGGAGCUGCCACCUGCCGCCCUCAUCCCAUCUGAGAACGUGUACUCGCAGUGGCUCGUGGGCUACGCAGCAUCGCGCCACUUCAUGAAGGACCCAUUCCUGGGCUUCACGGAUGCGCGCCAGUCGCCUUUCGCCACGUCGUCGGAACAUUCCUCCGAGAACGGCAGCCUACGCUUCUCAACGCCACCCGGGGACCUGCUGGACGGUGGGCUGUCCGGGCGCAGUGGCACGGCGAGCGGGGGCAGCACACCUCACCUGGGUGGUCCGGGUCCUGGGAGGCCGAGCUCCAAGGAAGGCCGCCGCAGCGACACAUGUGAGUACUGCGGCAAGGUCUUCAAGAACUGUAGCAACCUGACGGUGCACCGGAGGAGCCACACCGGCGAGCGGCCUUACAAGUGCGAGCUGUGCAACUACGCGUGCGCGCAGAGCAGCAAGCUCACGCGCCACAUGAAGACGCACGGGCAGAUCGGCAAGGAGGUGUACCGCUGCGACAUCUGCCAGAUGCCCUUCAGCGUCUACAGCACCCUGGAGAAACACAUGAAAAAGUGGCAUGGUGAACACUUGCUGACUAAUGAUGUCAAAAUCGAGCAGGCUGAGAGGAGCUAAGCGCAUAUGCGUCUGUACAGCGUGACCAUCGUCAACCUUCGCCAACGGGACCGGUGACCGGACUGGCCUCUGCAUCCCCGGGGCCCAGGGAGGCGGCAGUCCAACCUAACCUGUGUCUGCGAAGUCCUACCUGAGGGUUGAUCAAGGCAGUAAAAAUUAAAAAAAAAAAAAAAACAAAAAAACAAAAAAAAUUGUGGAGCCUUUUAACUGUGCAAUAAUUUCUGUAUUUAUUGGGUUUUGUAAUUUUUUUUGGCAUGUACGUGCAGGUACCUAUUAUUAUUAUUAUUUCUGUUUAAAUUCCUUUAAAAGAUUUUGUUGAGUAUCCAUCCCUUCAAUUUUUUUAAUAACCCAGUAGUAGUCUGAGCAAUGACUCGCAAGUGACGUAGAGGGAAGCUAUCUUUUAAAUUAUAAUUUUUUGUGUGUGUGUGUGGGGGGGUGCUGCUUUUUUGAAAUUUAAGCUAAGCAUGUGUAAUUUCUUGUCAAGAAGCCAACACUUAAAUGACUUUUAAAGUUGUUUGCGUUUUCAUCAUUUACUUUGUCCUGAAAUGAAAAGUGGCAUGUGGGAUUUUUUUCCGGGGGGAGGGGUGGCUUUCAAAACCAUUUUUUUUUUCCGGGAGGUGGAUGUACAGCGGAUUACAAUCUUUAAAAUUGUAGCACUUUGUCUUAGCAUCGUAUUGGAGAGGUAGCACUGAUGUCCUCCUGAGCCACAGAGGCGGGCGUCUCUGUGUGGCAUUCAACUUUCAUGCUAUGGAAGGAAAAAGUUGAGGGGGGCGUGGCAAACGAGCCUCUCCCCCACUCGGGACCCCGAGAAUCUUUUCCAGGGUGACUCUAGAAACAGCCCCCGCAUCCUGCAAUUGUGCGUUACCAGGAGAUACAAUAAUGCCCUUUUCUGGGGGAGCUUGACGUAUUCUGGGAAGCCGCCUCUGCCCUUUGCUGUAGAUUUGGCUGCAUAAAAUGGGCUGAGGAUACCCACUGGGUAGACAGCUGUGGCCUGUAGUGGCAGGAAGGAAGAGACUAACAAUGUUCUCUCAGGCUUCUCCUGGCAAGAUGGCUUCUCUUUUCAGUCCCCAGCCUACAGAUAAAUCCCAGGUGUCCAUUGCUACAGUGGUAAAUUGACUGUGUCCCAAGCAGACAACUGGCCCUGAUGGUGAACUGGAGAAGUUAGCUGCGGGGUCGCUCAUCUUACGCUGAUGGGCACUGUAGGGCAAGGGAAUCUCACCCCUUCUCUCUUCCUGGAGGAGCUGGGAAGAGUUCUGUCCAAGGUGCCCCACGCUGCUUCCGUUUCUGUGUUUUGUCUUUUCCUUCCUCCAAUUAAGUUGGGACAUACUAUACAUUGGACUUGUUGGGAUUUGAUGUUUGAAUUCUGUUGACCCGCACUUUAAAGCUUUUGUUUGCAUUUAAAUUAAAUGGCUUCUAAACAAGAAAUUGCAGCAUAUUCUUGUCUUUGGCCCAGAGGUGGGUUAAACUGUAAGGGACAGCUGAGAUUGAGUGUCAGUGUUGCUAAGCGUGGCAUUCACAAUACUGGCACUAUAAAGAACAAAAUUAAAUAAUUUAUUGGACAGUUUCUCUACUGCCAUUCAAUUUGAUGUGCGUGCCUUGAAAACUGAUCUUCCUAUUUGAGUCUCUUGAGACAAAUGCAAAACUCUUUUUUUUUUUUGAGAUGAAAAAAAGACUUUUUAAAAAGCAAACAAGAGAAGUACAUUCUUUAGAAACAAAGCCACAUUUACUUUAAGU